UGUUCCAUGUGUCCCUGCCCUCCUGUCAGCAUAGUUAAAGCCCCUGCCGUGGCACGCCACACACAGUAUGGUGCUGCUCACUGGGAUUUAGCUACUGUAGGCAAAUACAGCAGAGGGAGAACACAGAGGCCUGUGUGUGUGUAUAUGUGUGUGUGUGUUUGUGUGUGUGUGUGUGUGUCGGACUGCUCCACAGCAUCAUGGACACAGAAUAUUCUAAGAGGGUGUACCAAGGCGUUCGAGUCAAGCACACAGUCAAAGACCUGCUGGCAGAGAAGCGAUCCCGACAGACAAGUGGGCCCAGAUACAGUGGAGGAUCCACCACUCCACCUUCGUUCGUCCAGAUGCCAGGGUCCCACAUGCUGCCCAGCUACUACGGCAUGAGGCGUCCCUUCAUGUCAGACUCAGACUUCUGCCCGUCCACCAAGCAGUUCUCCCCGGACGUCUACUCGUCCGCGCUGGGGGGGAAACCUCUGGGCUGCGAGCCCUCCUCCAUGAGCAGCUACUCCUCCCUCAUCGACAGCUACUACCCCGAGACCUUCGGGGACUACCGCAGUGCCGCCGCCUUCUCCAGCUCCGGGGGGUCCUUCCUGCCCUCGUCUGCCCUCUCCUCUCUGCUGCCUCCGUUCGGUGGAGAGUCUUCACAUUUAUUUCUGAGAGACUCGUGGGAGCAGUCGGUUCCAGAGCCCGUAUCCCAGAUGGAGUCUCUGUGUCCUGACAGCCUGGCCUCCGUCAGUGUCCCGCCCUCCAUGCCCAGCCGACCCCCCGGGAGUCCCUCCCAGUACCGCUCCCCUAGCCGAGGCUCCUCCCUGGUCUCCAGCAGCCAGCCCUACACCCUGCACCCUCUGGAUGACAACCACUACCACCCGCUGACCACCAGCAGCUCCUACCCGCUCCCGUCCACCUCCUUCUCCUGCCCCCCUUACAUGAGCAGCUCCGUCAGCGACCUGGUGUCCAAGAUGGUGACGGAGGAGGCCGCGGACAGCCUCCCCGCUAACGGCGAGGGUCACCCCUGCUGGGCCAAAGAGGACGGCGUGAGCUCCUGGUCGCCCUACGAGAUCAGGAGGGCUUACUGAGGCAGAGAGCGGAGAUUUCACAGACAAUUAAAGCAUGAACUUGACAGAACAGCUGUAAAGCUUGUUUGAUAAGACAAUGUCAGACCCUUUACCAAAGAGAAAAUUAACAUGUUGAUAUGUUUGGACUAUGUUGGCCGAGCUGCCUGUUUUACAUCCUUUUCUGUCUCCUUUCUGUGUGUAAUAUAUGUGCUUGUGUUUUACGUUAAUGACACAGCGUGACAAGCAUGGACUGAAAAACAACUCCUUUGGAAAAAAAGAUUAAGUGAUGUAGUUUGGUAAACCUAAAAGGGCCGCCACUUCUUGAUGUAUCAUAUAAAGACUUCAGAGAAUCAUCCUGAGGUAGAGGAUGAACUGCAAACAGAUUUUAGUCGACGAUAUCAAAGGUGUAUCUUGCAAUGUGAAUGGCUGACAGUUUUCUUGUCCAAAGUGACAUAUAUAUAUAUAUUGGACGACACUAGACUAUACAUUAAAAUACUAAGUUAAAGUUAUUUCUGUCCUCCACAAAAGAGUUUGCAGUUGGAUGUUAUGUGGCUCCUUCAAACGGAGAUAAGCCCAUAUAAAGGUGACACUAAGUUUGGUGCAGAAACACAAGCAUUACACCUGAUGCUUUUUCCCCUCAGCAUCGUUUGUGGAAAUGAAUGACUGACUUUAUGGUUAGAAGAUCAUUUCAGAGAAACAAUCCAAUUCAUUACAAAUAUUUUAGUUCGCAUUUUGUCAAAAACACAACAUCUCCACGAUGAAUUGGUGCCAUUGCAUCUUGCUUUCCACUGGUCUGUGUGUUUAGUCUCUACAUGCUAUUGUCUAUCUUCUGCCUGAGCCCGUAAGAAAGUGACAUCUAAAGUUAGAGUGGAAAGGGUUUAGAUUUCAGAGUAGUUACUUCAAAUGUACACGUCGAUAAUGUAGAAUGAUUUACAUUUUGUGUUUCAGUGAAAAUAAACAGACAAGCAGAAUU